CACGACGCAUUGCUGAGUGCCAGGAUACAGCCAUUAGCCGUGGUACAUUGGCCAUAUACCAUAAACCCCUGAGGUACCUUAUUGUUAUUAUAAACUAGUUACAAAUGUAAUUCCCGUGUUAUACGGUCUGAUAUACCAUGGCUGUCAGCCAAUCAGCAGUCAGGGCUGGAACUACCCAGUUUACAAUACAGUAUAUAUAUUGAGUAAGAUAAAUAAAACACAAAAUACAGGCUUAUGAGAGACUUUCCAACAGGUGCCUCCAAAAAGCAUGUUUUGAUUGAAUCAACCUCAGUAAAAUCACAACAGAGAGAGAGAGAGAGAGAGAAGAGCAUAGCUAGUGAUGACAGCUUCCUGUUGGUGUGAAGGGGAGAGGGCGGGAACCAAUGGCUGUGCAGUAGCCUCAGAACACCGAACUGGAAUCCCAAAAGGCACCCUUUCCCUAUAUCGUGCACUACUAUAGGCACUGGUCAAAAGUAGAGCACUAUGUAGGGAAUAGGGUGCCAUUUGGGAGAACUAAGAACUGUUAUUUUCACAUCACCACCUAGCAGGAAGUCCGCUACACCGAACCGUCUUAUUUUCCUCUGUCUUACCACACUAUCAGCCUGGAUGGGAAAUGACCAGAACCUGGAGGAUAAUGAAAGCCUCACAGCCAGAGAAGUAUCUGCCAAAUAUGUGACAACCAUUUAUAAAUAUUCAUACCAGUAAUUUCAACAAUUUCUUUCACAUAGCCCAUAAAACUGGGAAAAUGUAGUAAGCACACAAGAUUAUUUGCUUAAAUAUCCACAUUUUUUCCCAAAAAUCCACAUAGUGACAUUGAAUCACAUACCGUCUCUUUAGUUACUAUCUAGUUUUCAGUACUUGCUAUACGAACCUGUCAGUACAGUGUUGUAUUAUAAAUCAGACAGUCUAUUUGUUAAUAUCCACCUACUUACCAAAGGCCCUAUCAUUAAUGAAUGAUGACAACCCACCCCCCGCUGGUUUACCCCAGCCGCCCCCUCCUAUCCUGAGCCUCUGCCCCCUACACCCUACACAACACUCAAGCCCCAAGUGGCUUAUUGAAAUUCCAAAACUAAAACACACACUCAAACACAGUCUCCUGAGUUUGCCGCACAUCGUUAGACGAGCACAACCCGGCCCUCCCUCCAGCGACAGAGAGGAGCGAAGUGCUGCCAGCUCUGGCAUGGAUACGGAACCAGGCUCACACAGGGGAAUGGACCCAGGGCUGGAAAAACUUGGCAAGGAAUGGCUAGGAGUACCACCUGUGUGGAACGCUUCUGGAACAUUCUACUGCUCAGAGACAAGAGGAGGAUCAGCUGUGGAGAGAGAGAGGAGACAAGAGGAGGAUCAGCUGUGGAGAGAUAGAGGAGACAAGAGGAGGAUCAGCUGUGGAGAGAGAGAGGAGACAAGAGGAGGAUCAGCUGUGGAGAGAGAGAGGAGACAAGAGGAGGAUCAGCUGUGGAGAGAGAGAGGGGACAACCCCCUUGGGUUGUGCCGUGGGGGAGAUCUUCGUGGGCUAUACUCGGCCUUGUCUCAGGAUGGACCUGAGCUCUAGGACCAUGCCUCAGGACUACCUGGCCCGAUGACUCCUUGCUGUCCCCAGUUCACCUGGCCGUGCUGCUGCUCCAGUUUCAACUGUUCUGCCUGCGUCUAUGGAACCCUGACCUGUUCACCGGACGUGUUACCUGUCCCAGACCUGCUGUUUUCAACUCUCUAGAGACAGCAGGAGCGGUAGAGAUAUUCUGAAUGAUCGGCUAUAAAAAGCCAACUGACAUUUACUCCUGAGGUGCUGACCUGUUGCACCCCCUACAACCACUGUGAUGAUUAUUGUUUGACCCUGCUUGUCAUCUAUGAACAUUUGAACAUCUUGGCCAUGUUCUGUUAUAAUCUCCAACCGGCACAGCCAGAAGAAGACUGGCCACACCUCAUAGCCUGGUUCCUCUCUAGGUUUCUUCCUAGGUCUUGGACUUUCUAGGGAGCUUUUCCUAGCCACCGUGCUUCUACACCUGCAUUGCUUGCUGUUUGGGGUUUUAGGCUGGGUUUCUGUACAACACUUUGUGGCAUCAGUAAGAUGUGCUUUAUAAAUACAUUUGAUUGAUUGAUUGACAAUAGGGGGAUCAGCUGUGGAAAGAGAGAGGAGACAAGAGGAGGAUCAGCUGUGGAGAGAGGAGACAAGAGGAGGAUCAGCUGUGGAGAGAGAUGAGACACGAGGAGGAUCAGCUCUGGAGAGAGGAGACAAGAAGAGGAUCAGCUGUGGAGAGAGGAGACAAGAGGAGGAUCAGCUGUGGAGAGAGAUGAGACACGAGGAGGAUCAGCUGUGGAGAGAGGAGACAAGAGGGGGAUCAGCUGUGGAGAGAGAUGAGACACGAGGAGGAUCAGCUGUGGAGAGAGGAGCCAAUUGAAGGAUCAGCUGUGGAGAGAGGAGACAAGAGGAGGAUCAGCUGUGGAGAGAGGAGACAAGAGGAGGAUCAGCUUUGGAGAGAGGAGACAAGAAGAGGAUCAGCUGUGGAGAGAGAGGAGACAAGAGGAGGAUCAGCUGUGGAGAGAGGAGACAAGAGGAGGAUCAGCUGCGGAGAGAGAGAGGAGACAAGAGGAGGAUCAGCUGCGGAGAGAGAGAGGAGACAAGAAGAGGAUCAGCUGUGGAGAGAGAGAGGAGACAAGAGGAGGAUGAGCUGUAGAGAGAAAGAGGAGACAAGAGGAGGAUCAGCUGUAGAGAGAGAGAGGAGACAAGAGGAGGAUCAGCUGUAGAGAGAGAGAGGAGACAAGAGGAGGAUCAGCUGUGGAGAGAGAGGAGACAAGAGGAGGAUCAGCUGUGCAGGGCGAUCUCAGCCUCUAACCCUCUCUCUCUCUUGUCCUCUCUCUCUCUCUCGUCCUCUUUCUCUUUCUCUCUAAUCCUCUCUCUCUCGCUAACCCUCUCUUUUCCUACUCUAAAUCCCUCUCUUUUUCUCUCUCUAGUCCUCUCUCUCUCUCUAACCCUCUCUCUUUCUCCUACUCUAACCCUCUCUCUUUCUCCUACUUUAACCCUCUCUCUCUCUAGUCCUCUCUCUCUCUCUAACCCUCUCUCUUUCUCCUCCUCUUACCCUCUUUCUUUCUCCUCCUCUAACCCCUUCUCUCUCUCUAGUCCUCUCUCUCUCUCUUUCUCCUCCUCUAACCCUCUCUCUUUCUCCUCCUCUAACCCAUUCUCUCUCUCUAGUCCUCUCUCUCUCUCUAACCCUCUCUCUUUCACCUCCUCUAACCCUCUCUCUUUCUCCUCCUCUAACCCAUUCUCUCUCUCUAGUCCUCUCUCUCUCUAACCCUCUCUCUUUCACCUCCUCUAACCCUCUCUCUUUCUCCUCCUCUAAACUUCUCUCUCUCUAGCCCGUUCUUUUCCUCUGCUCCUUCCCUGCUCCAAUAGACUAUUACAGGCUUAAUUUGGACUCUCACAUUGGGAUUGUAAUAGAUCAAAACAAGACAAUAUUUUAACUCCUCAGGUUAGUUGCUAUGUAAACUUAUUUUGGUGAAGAAGAGGAUUGACGUUGCGGAUUCUGUUGUUGCCACAGUGUUCUAUUUGAAAUACACUCAGCUUUGAACUUUUCAUUUUGUCUGUCGCACUCAGGAAGUAAAUACAUUUAACACCAGUGUAGGGACAGAGAAGUUAUUACCCUUGGGGUUAUUUGAUUUGCUGUGAGUGGAACUCUCAGUUUUGAAAAAGGUACCCCUUCAUAAAAGAACUGCAAACAUAUCAUUGAAGUACAGUAAGCUCGUACUAUCCCUAUGAUUAGCUGGCUCCAGUUCAUUACAUAGAAACUAUCUAGAAUUACACAGUGACUUUCCACCCACUCCUCCAUGGAGCUCUUCUGAGCUAACUUAUUUACCAAUCUCUCAUUUUGAUUGCAAUCUAUUAAGAAUUACCUGCCUCCCAGCUCAGUCAGAACAAUUACAUUGCUCUGCAGUCUGUAUUGGAAAUCGAUAGCUAUCUGGGUUCAAUCAAGCCCAGGUGAUAGUCCUCUUUAACCCAGAGACGCCAGAGAUGUCUAUUGAAGGUGACGCCGAUUGUCACUCGGACUCAAUCCGGCCCCGUGUUGUGAGACGGAGAGGGAGCGAUCCGCCCGGCAGAAUGAUUCCUCCACCUGAGUCGCUCCUCAGAUCGAUGGGAAUCGUGUUGUGAUUCUCCCGACUCCUCCCUAAUUGCUACAGCAGGUGAAUGAGGGAGACAUUGAUUCUGCAUGUCUGCCUGGUGUGUUAAGACAUCAACAACCCUGCUGUGGCUACUCCAUUAUCAAGGCGUUUGAACACACAAUAACUAAUGUUAGCUCAUCAUGACUGAGAACUGCAUGAUAUUGUAAGGUAAGACAAGGCAAGACUGGUCAUCCAUACAGUAGAACAAUGAACUUAGUGUAUUUUGUGUUGUAAUCUACUCCUCUGGGAUGGCACAUGAUAAAGUCCUGCGUCCCAAAUGGUAUCCUAUUCCCUAUAUAGUUCACUAUAGUUCACUAAUUUUGACCAGAGCCCUGUAGGCCCUGGUUGAAAUGAAUGCAAUACAUAGGGAAUAGGUUGCCAUUUAGGACACAGACAUUGAAAUUCCUUGAUUGACACAAGUUGUACUUGAGAAAAGUCAUUGUAUGGCAAUAUGCAGCUGGACUUCAGAUCCUAAACAAACUGGACAGGAGUAAAGUCCCUUGAAUAAAAAACAGAUAUAUUUAUAGACUGGUAAAUGAAUCUAACUCAACAUCACAGUGAAGUAGAACAGCUAACAAGACAGCACUCAGCAUGAGAGGAGAGGAGAAGGAGAAGGAGAAGGAGAAGGAGAAGGAGAAGGAGAAGGAGAAGGAGAAGGAGGCGGCCUUCCAGCUAAAUGUUCACAGAGGAUAUUCUAAUGCCUCUCCACAGCUUCUAGUUUCAGGAUCAGAUUGGGUUUCUUUCUCACUGCGAGGGAACGGGAUUAAGCUGUCAGCACCACAACAACAAGCAAUUACUAACAGCCUUUCAAAAGUGAAUUCUGGCACUGAUGACAACUCUCUGUG